AUGGAAAUUCCCAUAAAUGUGUCGGAAAGUGUUUUGGUAGACGAUGAUGAGGAACAAUGUUUAAAAAAUCUUUCGUGGGGUGCACGCCUCAGGUGGUAUCUUCUUUGCACCGCGCUCGGCUUCUUUUGCAGCGCUAUGGGAUAUGUUGCGCUUUCCUUCGGUGUUUAUUGGAAGUACUCGGUGUUAAACACACUCGGCUCUUUGAUUUCGCUGGGCGGUAGUUUCAUACUGAAGGGACCCCGCGCCCAAUUGCGAUAUAUGUUUGAUGAUUACCGUCGUGCCGCCUCUGCUGUUUACAUUACUUCCCUCAUUCUUAGCUUGGUGGUUGCCAUUUAUUUCAAGAGCUUCUUCUUGUGUUUGCUCUGUGGGAUUGUUCAAUACGUGGCACUUAUUUGGUACUCGCUGUCAUUUGUUCCAUACGGACAGGAAGCCGUUGCAUCGUGUAUUCGACGCGUCACAGGUCUUUGA